AGACCAUGGAGGGAGACGUCAAGGUGUGUGAAUACUGCAAAAGAAGCGUGGCCUGUGCCCACUUCGCCCUCCAUGAGGCCCACUGCCUGCGGUUCCUGGUCAUCUGCCCAGAGUGUGGGGAGCCCAUCCCAGAAAGUAAGAUGGAAGAGCACUUCGAGAACAGCCACAAGGAGGUUGAGCGUGCUAAGUGUCGGCAGAACAUGCAGAAGCAUUUGCUGGAGGUUCAUGAGACCAAGGAAUGCCAGAUGCGCCAGGUCAAGUGUAAGUUCUGUGAGCUGGCCAUGGACUUCAGCAAGCAGGAGAUCCACGAGUACCACUGUGGUAGCAGGACAGAGCUCUGUCCAGACUGCAACCAGUACAUCCUGCUCCGUGAGCUGGCCAGCCACAAAGAUGCCUGUCAGGGGGAACAGGCCCAGCCCAGCAAAGGGGAGAGAAUGUCAGCUCCUGUGGGGAAAAUCAACUGUAAUUCUUGCAACCAAAUGAUUCCAAUAAACAAGUAUGCCCACCAUAUGGAUGAAUGUUGUCCAGUCUCAGAAUUUGCAAAAUUGUCUCCAUUUGAAAAGCCAAGAAAUGCUCCACUGUCCCUUCCAAGUCUGUUUGCUGUAGAUCAAACUUCCACGGCACAGAAAGAUGUCCGUCCAAAGACGAAAAGUAUAAACAGAUUUCCUCUUCUUUCUGAAAAUUCAACAAAGAAAGCACCAACAGGCAAAAAGAAACCCCUGGAUCUGCCUUUGACAUCUGAGCUCAAGCCCAGGACCACCUCUCCUACAGGAGAUGAGGCAACCUAUGACAUUCUGCGGAAGUGUUCUCGGUGUGAUAUUCUACUUCCCCUGCCGAUCCUGAAUCGACACCAGGAGAAAUGCCGGUGGUUAGCCUCAAGGAAAGGAAAAUACAUGAGAAAUUUCAGCUAGAUUUGGAAAAGACAAAAAGAUAUUGCUUUGUCCAAGGGCUACAAGAAAGUCUCCAGUUCUUCCGCAUGAGAAUUCUGACUAAGCGCUAGGCCCUACAGCUGGAACACCUCGGGGAACCCAGCUUUGCCCCUGAAGAAUAAAAACCAUCCUCCCUGAAUGCUUCUUGUUCACCUU